AUGUCGGCCAAAAUCCAGAAGACGCUUGCGCGACAGCAGGAGAAUGACUGGGCCUCAGCAGUCGAUCUGCUCGCGUCAGGAGCCUCGAUGCUCCUCAAGGCUGGUCAAGGAGCAUCCGGAGGUGACCUAUGCAUGUUCCUCAUGGACGUCUACGGCAAGGCCGAAUUGAAGCCCGACACGACAAACAAGGCACGCCUGCUGAGCUGCAGGUGGUCAUCGAAGUUCGGCGAGUACCCUGCUGGAGACCCCGAACUUCACCACGUUAUUGGUACCCUUUAUGCCGAAGACGGCGAGGCUAUUGAAGCAGAGAAACACCUCACCCUCGGAACUGCAGACUCACCAUCCACUUUCGCAUCGCUCGAAUACAACUGGUAUGCAUCGGACGAGCCUUCGACCGCUCCGCUAUACGCCGCACGUGUUGUCUUCCCCUAUCUGCUGGUUGGCAAUCUCCGUGCCGCAAACAAGGCCUUUNUGCUUUUCACAUCCAAACUGUCAUCGUCAAAUCCUGGACUUGGCGUGCAAGAAGUUGGUUCAGCCUCAUCAGAUCUGCGCGUCUACCCUAGCCUUCCGCUGCUCAACUUCCUCGGUCUUCUCUUGCUGGCCAUUGAGAAAGGGUCUGCCGAUGUUUUCAAACAACUCAAAAGUCACUACGCAUCGUACAUCAAAGACGCUGGAAACUGGGACGAGGCACUCGCUCAGGUUGGAGAGAUGUACUUCGGCAUCAAGAUCCCUAGCCAGAGCAACCCGCUGUUUGAUAUGAUGAGUUCGUUUAUGGGAGGUGGUGGUUCAGGAGGCCAGAAGCCUGCAAGCAGAAGAGUAGAAGCAGCACCAGCACCAGCCCCAGCAUUGGAUUAG